GGGCUCCGUAGACUGUUUAGGAAAAUAAGGGUUCCACGAACAAAAAAGUUUGAGAACCACUGUUAUUACCAAUAUCAAUACUUAUAUAAUAACAUAUUUUUUUUAGGUAGAUGCUGAUAUAAUAUUAUUAAUUAUUUUUCAUUAUUAUUUUGCUACAUAAUAAAAUAAAAUGUACUUAUAGUGUUUUAUUGUUCUUUAAUGGUGUCUUAUUUCUUUAAAAUAUUAAUUUAAAUUCAAAUUAUUUUUCUUUCAAAAUAAUAAGUAAGUAGUCUAUUUUUAAAUGAGAUAUUUAAUACAUAUUGCUUAUGCUUAAAAGUAAACUUAUAUAUUAUAUUAUAUAAGUAAGUAUAGUUUAUAGUACUUAAACUAAUUAUUUCUUCUUUUUCUUUUAUGAACAACUUUUCUACCAGAAAUUAUGUUCCGAUUUUCAUGUGUGGCUAUUUUUCUGAAAGGAAAUCUGCCUGGGGUGGUACUUCUUUGAAUUUUAAAAAAAAUGUUUGAAUUUUCCAGGAAUUUUUAUAAUAAAUUCGAAAAACUGGAAAAACGGGAAAAUUUACGAAAUGUAUUAUUUUCAAAUAAUAAACAUUAUGGCCUUUUAAACAUGUAUAACCGAACUCCGCUCAGAUUCGUUUUUAGUUUUCAAUGAUAAAUCGUUGCGUACAAAUAUACAUUUAAUUUUUCCUUUACCUUCCCAACUCCUCACCUAUAACAGUGGUGCACCCAUAAUGCGAAGUAUGUUCGUUUUUUAUGCAUAACAAUAUUAAAAAUUUAAUUUACUUAACUUAAUUUUUUUUUUUUAUUGGUAUUUAUCAGUUAUCUAUUAUUACUCGUGUAUUAUUGUUUGAAUUUAUUUGUCAUAACUUAUAAUAUAAUAGGUAUACUUAUAUUAUUGUUUUUAUUAUUAUUAAUAUUAAUUUAAAAUGUCUAGUAAGUUUCUUUAACUAAAUGCGUAAAUUAUGAGGGAAUAAUAUUUACUUGUUACAAUUGGAGAAAUUUUACCCCAUCUCCCCUCCCCUCCCCUGAGGUAAAAAUUCUCAGUGGUAAAAUUCACCCGGGACACCGAGUCAAGUUUUUCGUCGUCUAUUUGUUUGUUAUUAUUUUAAACAUAUUCUGCAUGCUUUUAACAUAUUUUAAAAGUGUUGAAUUUUAAGCACCACAAUUAUUAUGAUAUAUGUGAGUACCUAAAUAAUUAAUUAUAAUUAUUCAACAAUUAUUCAUGUUUGUAAUAAAACAAAUAUCAUUUUGGGCAUAUUUAAGACUAUUAAUGUCUAUUAUUUUUUGUAUACAGGACUAAAUGCAAAUACAUUUUUUCUUACUUACAUAGGUACCUAUUUGAUUUUAUCUGUAAAAAAGUGUAAUUUUGGAUAAUAUUAAAAGCAAAAUGAAAUGUUCUAUUUUACUAGUAAUUAUUUUCAUUUCGCAUACAAUAUCAAUGGAUUAUCAAUUUCCAAAAGAAUUUAUGUUUGGUUCUGCAACUGCUGCUUAUCAAGUAGAAGGAGGCUGGAAUGAAGAUGGUAAAUAAAGUUAUAGUCUUUGAUAAUUAAAUAAUAAAAUAAUAUAUUAUAUUGACAAAAAAAAAAUUAUUACGUUAUAAUAUAAUAUGUAUCCAGAUUUUAAAUAUAAAUGUUAGCUGUUAAACUUAAAUUAUUAUGUACUUGUGUAUAACUAAACAUUUUUAAAAUUGCUAUUUAAUCUAAUUAUAACAUUCACACAUGCCUAUAAAAUGGCAUGGUCCCCUAACACAGCAACCGACAUUCAAAGAAUUGAUCGGGUUUAAAAUAAUUUCUCAGUUUUGUGUGGUAUAGGUACUAUAAGGAUCCCACAUUCCCCUCUCUUAUAACUAUGGAGUAUGGACCUAUUAUGCAGUUUUUAGACAUAAACUGUGGACUAUUAAAUGACCAGAUAGACUCCUAUGAAGUUUCAAUAUUCAGAUACUAAAUAACACCAAACUGUAGAAUACCUUUUAUUUGACUACCUACUUGUCAAAACUACCUUCUUAAGAAAUGCACCCCUAUCGAGGAUGAUGCGAGAUUACGAUCCUAGUUGAAAGACCGUUGUUAUUAAGUCUUUUAGAUUCUGAGUUGAUUUGAUCAUUAAUUUUUUACAAUAUUUUGAAGUUUACGAUUGUUUAAAUUGUUUUCAUUACCACUAAUAAAUAAUAACUGCCAAUUCAGUAUUUACCAAUUUGUUUUGAAAAAUAAAAGUAAAUAUUUGUAAUACUAAUAUUUUAUUUCAAAAUAUAUUUAUAAAAUGACUUUUUUGGAUGUUGAAGUUAAUUGCAUACAAUUAUACAAAUAUAAUUUUUAAAUAAAUGAAAACUUUUUGUUUUGUGUUUUUAAAAAUAAAAAUAUGGGAAUCAUAGCAACAUAGCACAAGGGUCUGAUAGUAUAACUACAGGAAAAUAAACUUAAAUACAUUGUACAAAAUAAAAGUUAUUUCAGAUGGGUGUCAGAUCUUUGAGUUCUUCCGUGUAUAUACAAUAUAAUAUUUUAUUAUGUAGAUAAUUGUUAUACUUGUGACUACUGAUCAAAUUUUAGGAAAAGGAGAAAAUAUUUGGGAUCGUUUGGUUCAUACACAUCCUGAGUUCAUAAAAGAUGGUACUAAUGGAGAUGUUGCUUGCGAUUCCUACCAUAAAUACAAAGAAGACAUAGCACUAUUAAAAAAUUUGAAUGUAAUGUCAAUAUAUAUGUAUAUAAUUAAUUUACAGUGAAAUCUCUACAAAGCGGACACUCUCGAUCACCAACAUUUUGUCUGCUAUUUAGAGUUGUCCAUUAUUAAGAGGGGUAAAUGUGUAAAAUUAAAUCAUUUAUGGUAGGUUAUUAAAUUAUAACGUGAAUUAUUGAAAUAUAAUAAUUAACUAGGGAAUGGAUUUUAUUGUGAAUACAUAUUUUUAUUGGAAUAAGAUAUUUUUUUCCUGAUAAAAACGUGCAUUAUUAAAAAUUAUACUAUUUUGAUUGAAUUAAGUCCAUAUUUAUUUUACAUAGUUUUACAUAUUUGGGAAUAAAUACAUAUGUUUACAUAUUUGGUAAAUAAGUACACAUUUUUUAAAUAAGUACGUAUUUUGUAAAUAGUUAAGUAAUUUUUGUUUCAUUCAGAUUUUUUCGUCGAUUUUCGACAACGACAAGAUAUCUGCGUUACGGUGCUCAUACACUACAGCGGUAGCGGUUUGGGCACCUAUACAAAUCUGGAAUGUACAAACCUUCAAUGUACUAAUCUGGAACGUAUAAUUCUUGAAAAUACAAACCUGGAAAGUACAAAUCAUGAAUCCAUUGUUGUACGGUUAUCAAAAUUUGAACCAUACAAACUUGAAAAAUAAUUGUCUACUAAUCUAGUGAUUAGUAUCACUAACUACGAAUAAAAAAAAUCUGAAUUUCCAUACACUAUUAUGUAUACAUCCCAUUUUUGCAAAUUUUGCCUAUGCACUUAAUAAUAAUAUCUAAUAAUUGUUUUGUUUAAAAAAAGAUAUAGUAGCCGUUCUCUGACACUGAUAAGAACUUCUAAGAAGUUAAUGUCCCAAGCAUCAUUAAGAUAGGGUUAAUAUGUUUUUUUUCCUUACAAUUUUUAAAAGAAUGGCUUUUGGUUGCGAACAUUUAUGUUUUGGUCCAAAAGUUGAUAACACUAGAAUAAUAGACAAUUAUUUUUUAAGAUUCGUACAUUCCAGACUUUUAGAUUUUAGGUUUAUACAGUACAAAUUUCGAUAACCGUAAAACCCUGGAUUCAAGAUUUGUAUUUUUAAGAAUUGUGCGUUCCAGAUUUGUACAUUCAAGAUUUUUACAUGCUCCCAGCGGUUUACUAUAUAUAUAUAAUUUAAUAUGUAUAUAAAAUAAAAACUGAUAAAUUUACGGCGUCACAAUAAUUCCUUUUUUUUUAAAUUUUUUACAGCUAUUGUUUUUUUACCAGAAAUAUUACUCCAAUAGUAAAUUUUGUUUAGAAUUAAGAUUUAUAAAUAUUUUCACUAUUUGGUGAUUUCCCCAUUGAAAUAUAGUAAAAAUGUCCCUGUUUCCAAUAUAACCAUUCGCUAUUAAAAGGUGUCCGUUAGGAGAGUUUCUACUGUACCUACUUAUUAAAAUUUAAACAUAAAGUUAAUAUAUAAAUGUAUGUAUAUUUUAAUAAGAUUAAUAUUUUUCUAACAUAGGUGAAAUUUUAUCGUUUUUCAAUAUCGUGGUCACGCAUAGCACCAACUGGAGAAAUGAAUUCGUUGAAUCUCAAAGGAAUCGCAUACUAUAAUAGUCUAAUUGAUGAACUUAUUGCUAAUAAUAUUUCUCCAAUGGCAAGUAUAGUUUUAUUUAGAAAAAAAAAAAAAAAUUAACAUUUUAUUUAAAAUUUAUAGGUAACAAUGUAUCAUUGGGAUCUUCCACAAUACCUUCAAGAUCUUGGAGGUUGGACCAAUCCCAUUAUGUCAGAUUAUUUUAAAGAAUAUGCCAGAGUAUUAUUCACUUACUAUGGAGAUAGAGUGAAUUACCUAAUUAAUAUUUAUUAAUCUGGAUCAUAGUUUUAGAUUUUAAGUGAUACCUCCUUUAUACUAAAGCCUCUUUUAAAAACUAAUCAUAAUAAAAUAAAGACCUUUACUAAAAUGCAUACUAAAUUUACACUAUUCUUACUUUGAUAAGAGUGCUUAAAUAGUUUAGUAGGUAUGAAAUGUAUUAUUAGCAACUCGGCGCCCAUGGGUAGGUAUAUUAACUGGAGUUUGAGUUUUGUAAUUGAGUUUAUGGAUACGACGAUUUCUAUCUGAAAGUUUCUACUUUAACAAAGAUGAAAUAUGCAGGCAUAUUUUCAACUUCAGUUGUUUUCUUCGUAGCGUUUUUUAUUGUCUGUUCAUUGUUCAAAAUUCGUCAUCACGAAUUGUGUUUUCACAAUAUUCAUUCCAAAUUUCUGUGCACUUAAAAAAAAAAACUUAAUAUAUUUUGGUAUACGAAUACGAUGCUUCUUUUAUUGACUCCAGUAGUACGUACACCAAAGGAAGUUGAUCAAUUCUAUUAGAUAUCUGAGUGGUUGACCUUAGUAUGGUAAACAGGUGAAAAAAUACUGUCGGAACAACUUUAAAAAGUUUCAUCAACAAACCAGUUAGGACUAUAUAUCAAAAUUCUCCAAUACCUAUGUCUUAUGUUGCAAAAAUUAUUAUUCUCUCACAUUUUAACUUAUGGUCGAUACCUUUAAAUGAAUCGUGUAAUUAAAAUUAUUCUCCAGUUAUUGUUUUUUAAAAUUAAGUUGGUAAUUCUUGCAUUUCUUCCAUACUUCGAGGAUUUGAAGGCAUAUUUUUUACACGUUCUCGUGUUAUUAUUUUUCUUAUAUUUUCAUGAUCCGGGUAAAUGUUGCAAUUCUGUUAGAAAAAUCUGUGUGGGGGAGGGGGGUGCUUCUAGAUGUUAAUUAACUUUUUUAUUUACAUUAAUAACACAUUUUAAGACAUUGACUUCUUCCAAGUUCGGUGCGUGGCCAUAAUUAAAAUGUCAAGGACCUUUAUUUAUUAUUAAACUUUGAGUUGACGAAACAUUUGUGAUGGCUCGAGCAAAACAUUCACCUAGGCAAUUCCAAUGCACAGUUAUUGUCUAAAAUGAAACUAAACCAAGUUAGUCGAUAGAAAAGGAACUUAUUUAUUGAAGUGAAUGUAGAUGACUAUUCAUUAUUAUAGGUAUAAAAAUGAUAAUAUACAUGUACCGUUGGGCUAUUCCAAAAUAUAGUCUGGGAAUAUACGGAAAGAGUAAAAUUGGGAAAAAUUUGGACGGGGUGACAUUUUUUUGAUAAAUAUUAUAGUUGGAAAAAUAUAGGUUAGGAAUAUUGAAUUUAGAAAAAACAAAAUUGGAAAGAAUUGAUUGGGAAAAGUGUACUAUAAUUAUGACUACAAUUAAAUUUUUUGUAUGAAUUUUGUUCAUUUUCUAUUUUAUUAUUCUAAUUGUAGGUCAAAUGGUGGAUAACAUUGAAUGAACCCAAGGAUACUUCUAAUGCCUAUUCCUUUAAUGCUUAUGCACCAAAUUUAAAUUUAAAUAGUACUGGUUAUUAUUUGGCAGCCCAUACACAACUUAUUGCACAUGGUAAAGUGUACAGGCUUUACGAAGAGUUAUUUAAAUCUAAACAACAAGGUACAUAUUAUAAUGAUAAAAAAAAAUGUGUAAAUAAUUUGUAUUUUAAAAAAUGUUAUAUAUUAUGCUUGAUAAAGGUAAAAUUAGUAUUUCAGUAAGUGGAAUAUUCUUUAUACCAAAAAAUGAAUCUUCAUUGAGUGAUAUAAAUACUGCUGAGAGAGCUAAUCAAUUUGAGGUAAAUAAACAAUUAAUUUAUAAUUUCUCGUUCUUCUUUUGGUUUAAUCAACUCCCGACCAUGAAUUAUAUUUCUCCAAUUACUUAUUCCUGUAUAAUGUUGUGAAUAUUAUUACCUGAUGAUGGGUUUUUCAAAUCAAAAUUAUACAAUACAAUCUGUAUAAAAUAUGUAUAAUUCUCCAGGCUAAUUAUUUUCUUUAAAUUUUUCUAUAUUUUGUUUAGAUAGGAUUGUUUAGUCAUCCUAUAUACAAAGGAGAUUAUCCACCUGUAAUGAGGGAGUGGGUUGAUAAAAAAUCUAAAAGAGAAGGAAGACCGUGGUCUACAUUACCAAAAUUUACAGAGGAUGAAAUUAAAUUAAUUAAAGGUUUGUACAUAUAUUAUUUAUUUGUUUAUAUGUUAUGGUGACAGUAUGUGUACUAGUAAACUUUAGUUUGAUCUUUAAAUUUGAGAUUUACUUGACUUUUGCUAUAUGUGAUAAGAAAAGACGUGAAGGCACAGCAUUGGAAGGCAAAAGUUGUUGAUAGGGAAGGCUGGAGAAUUGGAUGUGUGAAGGGAUAGUCUUGAUGAUCGAAAAAACCUCAAAAAUAAGAGGAAGAAGAUAUGAAACUUUAUAUAGGUUCACUAUAUAAAUAUAAUACAAUUUUGUAAGCAUAUUUUUUUAUAGGCACAGCAGAUUAUUAUGCAUUAAACCAUUAUUCUACCUGUUUGGUAACUCAUGGUAUCGAUUCAAAUCCGAAUUAUAAUCAGGAUGCUGAAUAUGCAACUUCUGCGGAUGAAUCAUGGCCAAAAUCUUUAGCUUCAAUGCUUGUAAUGAUUAAUUUUAAUCAUAGUGUCACAUAAGUCAAUUGUAUAGUAUUGGAUAUUAUGAAAUUUAGGUAGUACCUGAUGGAUUCAGGCGACACUUGAUAUGGUUAAAAAAUGAAUAUGGUAAUCCACCAAUAGUGGUUACGGAAAAUGGUUAUGGUGACAAUGGAGUAAUCAACGACUUAGAUAGAAUUAAUUACAUAAAAGUAUUUUGUUUUACUAAAUUAUAUUAUUUAUUAUACAGAAUGCUUUAUUAAUUUAUGUUUUAACAUAAAUAUUUUAUAUUUCAGUGUUAUUUACGUGCAAUGUUACAAGCAAUGUAUGAAGAUAAUUGUAAUGUUAUAGCUUAUACUGUAUGGUCAUUGUUGGAUAAUUUUGAAUGGAAGGAUGGUUUGAAGUAAGAUGUAUUUUAUAAAAUAUAAAUCAUAAUUUUGAUUUAAUUUUGAACAUGAAAAAUGUUAUGUUUAAUAAUUAAAUUUUUUAAACUUUAAUUCAAACAUUUGAAUUUAAUAUAAAAUUCAUACAGUAGUAUUUUAUGUCUUCUUCUCCUUCGCUUCCACCCCAAAUAAAAUUGGUUAGCCACUUCGUCCAAAACUUUCACUAGACUUCCACUCCGGUCGAUUGCGCCCCAAAGUCAGGUAAACGAAAAAUAUGGUAUGUCUAUGCGUUCGGUAAAAUUCACUUUGGGUCCUUUUUAACCUUUUUUAUCAUUCUCGAAUUUUGAUUUCGUUCGGUUUUAACAGGUGUGCAUUCGAUUGUGUCCUAAAUGAAAAUCGAGAAUUUCGAUGCACAUUUAACUUUAAACGAGUGCGGUUCGAUUAUUAUCGAUUAUUAGUGAUUAUUAUCGCUUUACAAUCCAUAAUAUCAAAUUGAUUUUUUAUGUGUAGCGUCAUUUCAGAAAAAAAAAAUAUAUAUAAUAUUAUUAAUUUUUAGUCAUUAUUCAUUACAAUUAGUCAUGUAAUAAUUAAGCAUUACAAAAAUGUUUAUUAUUAAAAUAAAUUUUCAAAAAAAUGUACAUAGAUAUAGGUAUUACAAUUAUUAUAAUUAGCAGUCAUUUUUUUUAACUGUACAUAUUACGGCAUUUUACAAUUUACAAUUAUAGUCAAAAUCUUUAAUUAUUAUUUAAAUUAACCACCUUUAAGCGACAUAAUUUUAAUAUAGUCAAAACUAAAAAGAUAUAGUUUUUUGUUUAUAAUUGUUUAUUUGUUUACCAAUUAAUUCUUGUUUUUUGUAAUAGUUAAGGUCUGUGUUUUAUUGGUAUUAGUUUUAGUUCUAAUUGAUAUCUGCCUAUAAAUCAAAAUUGAUUUAUUAAAAUUAAAAAUAUUAUGUGUAUCACAUGCAUUAUAGAAUUCAUUCUUGUAGUUAGAAUAAUAGUAAUAAUACCACCGAAUGCCGGAUACAAUCGAAAUCAAACAUUUUGUUUGUAUUCUCGAUCGUUCGGAAUGAAAUCGGAUUCUACCGGACGCAAUUGAAAUUCUCAAUUUUACGAUUAGGACGCAAUCGGAUGCAUAUCUGUUAAAACCGGACGCAAUCGAAACUCGAAAAAGAUUAAAAAGUUCAAAACGGGACGCAAUCGGAUUGGCGUUUGUAAUUUGCAACAAAAUAAAGAUAUGUAAAUUGUACCACUACAGGUAGUCGAAAAUAGUGUUUGUAAUUUGCCCCAAAAUGAGUAUCUAUAUACGAGUAGUAUAUAUUCGAUUUUCAAGUGCCUAUUCGAUUGAUUUACAGUGAUCUAAUAGAAAAUAUUAGCUUACCUAUAAUAUUAUUUUUAAAAAUUUUAAAUUAUUGUUUUCUUUAAGAUAAAUUUAUCUUUAGAAUAUUCUGUUUCUAAAGAAUUAAUUAAUUAAUAUACACUCGUUUUAUAAAACAUUAUUAAUUAUUACAUUAUUUGAUAUAUUAAACUUUCAUAUAUUUUUAUAUUAUUCCAUUUUCUCACUUAAAAUAAUAAAAUAUAUAUAUUUUAUUUCUGGGAUUCCUGACUACUCGUCAUCUUAUCUGGUAACCAUUUCUAAAUUUGAAUAUAAUUUAUUAUUAUUUAUUAUUUUGAUCAAAUACUAAUCUAAGUUUUUCCGACUUUUCAUUAGCAGCACAAAAGUACUAAAUUAUAUUUUCGACUAAAAUAAUACAAUUAUUAUAAUAUUAUAUAUUAUAUCUGUCAUUAUUAUUGUUGUAAGGCAUCUUUUAAGUCAAUACUGACGUACCGUAAACCGGUGUAAAUAGGUAUGUGAAAUAACCACUCAAAAUUGAAACGGAAUAUUCUGCGUCUUUAGUUUCUUAUACCUCAAUAAAUUAUACUCUAAUAUCAAAACUACGUAGGUUGUAAAUACAAUACUAUCGAAAGAAUAAUCGAUUUGAAUUUUGGUGUAAAUUACAAUUCCUAUUUCUUACUGUCUGAGAUGCUGCAAAUAACAUAUCUUUAUUUUGGUGCAAAUUACAAGCGCGGUUAAAAAAUGUUGGUGUAAAUUAUAAAUGUUGAAUAUAUUUAGGGUCAAUUUCAAUGCAAAUUAACUACAACAAAUCGGACAAAGCCCUUCCACUCGACCAUUCUCGAACACACUCGCUAUCUUCAUAUCAUUCUCAAUUGUAUUUAACCACCUUUUUUUCUGUCUUCCUCUUCCUUCUUUCACCUACGUCUAUUUUAUUAAAAUUAUUACUAUUUCUGAUUCCUCUCUUCUCAUGACAUGCCAUUGUACCAAAACUGCCAAAACAUGACAUGCCAACAUUAUGUGUUCACAGUAAAAAAAAUUAUUGAAAUUUAUAUUUUCAAAAAAUAAUUACCUACAAUAGAUGUCUACACCUAAGAAACACAAUAGUGCUUCUUUACAAGGUAAUUUUUUUGAUUUUCUUUAAAGAUUUCAUAAUAAUUAGGAAAAACUUUUAUUAAUGAAAAUCGCAAAAACUAUUAUAUUCUUUAAUACAUAUAACUAAAAUUAACUCGCAAUCGUUUUUGGUUAGCAAUGGAUUAUUGUUGUGUAGAGAUAUAAAUUAAAUAAUUAUCUCAACGUAUAAUACCUUCUAAACUUCCCGUUUAUAAUAGUGACACACCCAACCCUGAUGAAGAGGGUUAUACUGAGGUAUCAGCUCUUUUUAAUAUAUACUUAGAAGUUAUAUGUAUAAUACGUGUGUAUAUUUAUUUUCAGAAUUCAUUUUGGACUUGUUAAAGUAGAUUUUAAUGAUCCUCAAAGAUCUCGUACUCCAAAAGCAUCUUACACAUUUUUCAAGAAUGUUAUAUCCACAAGACAUGUGCCAAGAGACGGAAAAAAUUGUUCUCUACAAUUAUAAAAAUAAUAUUAAUAAUACAUAUUAAAUAUGAAAAUAUUUUUAAAUUACAAAAUUGUUUCGAAGUAAUAUAUUAUACCUGU